CCCCGCCCGCCCGCUGACUUACUAUUAGAGCUGCUCGCCUAGUCGGCGCCGGAAUAAUGGCAAUGGCAGGUCUUUACCGGCGUAUACUCCCGUCACCUCCGGCAAUUGAUUUCGCGUCUACCGAAGGAAAGCUACUCUUCAUGGAGGCUAGUCAAAAUGGAACAAUGGAAGGCUUCUUCAAGUUGAUUUCAUAUUUCCAGACACAAUCUGAACCUGCAUAUUGUGGCUUGGCUAGCCUUUCAAUGGUCUUGAAUGCCCUUGCUAUUGAUCCAGGAAGAAAAUGGAAAGGGCCUUGGAGAUGGUUUGAUGAAUCUAUGUUGGACUGUUGUGAGCCAUUAGAAAAGGUUAAAGCUAAAGGUAUCUCCUUUGGGAAAGUUGUGUGUUUGGCUCGUUGUGCUGGAGCAAAAGUGGAAGCUGUUCGCACAAGUCAGAGCAAUGUUGAUGACUUCCGUAAGCAUAUCAUAGCAUGCUCUACUUCUGAUGAUUGCCAUCUGAUUUCAUCAUAUCAUAGAGGAGCCUUUAAGCAGACAGGAACUGGUCACUUUUCACCUAUCGGUGGUUAUCAUGCCGGGAGGGAUAUGGCGUUGAUUCUAGAUGUUGCACGGUUUAAAUACCCUCCUCAUUGGGUUCCACUUCCACUUCUUUGGGAAGCCAUGGAUACUGUUGAUGAAGCAACAGGGUUACAUAGGGGGUUCAUGCUUGUAUCCAAGCUUCACAGAGCUCCAGCACUGCUUUAUACCCUGAGCUGUAAGCAUGAGAGUUGGGUUGCUAUUUCAAAGUAUUUAACAGAAGAUGUUCCUUUGCUGUUGAGUUCAGACAACGUCAAGGACAUAAAAGAUGUUCUAUCAACUGUUUUUGCAUCUCUACCUUCUAACUUCUCUGAAUUCAUUAAGUGGGUGGCAGAAAUCCGAAGGCAAGAGGAAGGUGGUAAAAGUUUGAGUGAAGAAGAGAAGGGAAGACUUGCUGCAAAGGAAGAUGUGUUAAAGCAAAUCAGGGCGACUGGUCUUUAUAAGCAAGUGAUGGACAUUUUAUCUUCAGAAAAAUCUUGCUGCCAGAUGAGAGCAACACUGGGCCAUGUAGAUAAUUUGCCUGAUAUUGCUGCACGAAUUUGCUGCCAGGGGGCAGGUCUUUUUGCAGGGAGAUCUGGUUCAUCAGAUAUGUUUUGCUGCCAGGAAACAUGUGUGAGAUGCUACAGAGCUACUGGUGACAAGCCUGUUACUGUAGUGUCAGGGACAGUUGUAAAUGGUCAUGGAGAACAAGGGUUGGAUGUUCUAGUCCCUACAUCUCAAAUGAAACCGAGCUGCUGUAGCUCUGGCAAAGAUAGUUGCUCAGAUGUUCACCCGAUGAGCAAUGAUGUGCUAACAGCUCUAUUAUUGGCCUUGCCCCCAGAGACAUGGUUGACUAUCAAAGAUGGAAGGGUUGUGGAGGAAAUAAACAGCCUUCUUUCAGUAGAGAACCUUCCGCCCAUACUCCAAGAAGAGAUUUUGCACUUGCGAGGCCAGUUUCUUUUUGUCAAGAGAUGCAAGGAUGAUAAGGUAGAAGAAGAAGACUUAGGGGCAAUCCCCUUUGAGCAGACGCCCUUAUGAUUACAGUUUUCAUUGUGGCGAGAUGCGAGAUGAUGCACACUUUGUUGUGUACGAUUAAGACACAGAGAAUAUGUUGUGUUGUUUUUAUAGUAGGCGGAGAUUAAAAAAAAAAAAAAAAAAGGGGGGUGGGGAAAGUUGGUGUUGGGCAGAGAUUGAAUGAAUAAAAGUAUGGUGAAAAAUUGUAGGAAGCAGAGGGAAUAAGUUUUGAAGUGGAUUUAAAUAGAUCUUCAGCACAAGGUAUCCUCCUAUUUGUACAUCCAUAGAUCUAUGAUCUAUCUUAAAGAAAAUACAGAAGAAGACUCCAACCAAAUAGUCCCCAAA